AUGCCGCCUAAAUUCGACCCUACCGAGAUCAAGAUUGUAUAUUUGCGUUGUGUGGGUGGGGAAGUGGGAGCGACAUCCGCUCUCGCUCCAAAAGACUGGAAAGGAUUGAAAGUCACAUGUAAACUUACCAUCCAAAAUCGUGUCGCCAAGAUCGAUGUGGUUCCGUCGGCAGCAUCACUUCUCGUCAAGGAACUCAAGGAACCUCCACGGGAUCGCAAGAAGGUUAAGAACGUGAAGCACAAUGGUGAUCUUACUCUGGAUUCGAUCAUCAAGAUAGCAAGGAUUAUGAGGCCUAGGUCGAUGGCGAGGAAGCUGGAGGGAACCGUUAAGGAAAUACUGGGAACUGCGCAAUCAGUUGGAUGUACCAUUGAUGGGCAACAUCCCCAUGAUAUAAUUGAGCAGAUCGCUAGUGGCGAAAUUGAGAUCCCAGCCGAUUUGUCUGUCGGAAUAAUUCCCGAGAUCGUGAUGUCAGCGAUAAAAUCAAAAGUUCAGAGUGAGAUGGAAAUCCUAGAGAAAACAGAUAAGUUGAUAACGCGUUACUUUCAAGAAGCGCGUCAUGUGGAGGACAUACUCGGCAUUAAAGAAGAUGGUGAAGAACGCGACAUUUGGAGACGUUAUAGCAAAGAAAGGAUGAAGACAGUAUCUGUAGCGCUUGUGCUGUGUCUGCACAUAGGAGUAGAUCCACCGGAUUCCGUGCCAAAGUCGACGGCACGUGCUCGAUUGGAAGCUUGGGUCGAUCCGUACAGCUGCAGUCCACAGAAAGCUGCGUACAAGAUAGCAACAUCCUUGCAGAAGAGUUACGAGCGAUGGCAACCACGUGCAAGGUACAAAUCUGUGAUUGAUCCAACGGGAGAUGAUGUGCGAAAACUUUGCAUGAGUAUGAGACGUAAUGCAAAGGAUGAACGUGUUUUGUUUCACUACAAUGGCCAUGGCGUUCCGAGGCCAACUCAAAAUGGAGAAAUUUGGGUCUUCAACAAGAACUUCACUCAGUACAUUCCGCUGUCUCUUUACGAUCUUCAACUUUGUAUGGAGUUUCCAUCUAUUUAUGUAUGGGAUUGCUCAUCGGCGGAAACCAUUGUAAACUGGUUCAUGCGGUUUGCCAAGGACCAUGAAGACGACUGGCAUAAAAAAUUGCUUGCACAUCAAGAAGCGGUGGCAUCAACUUCAAUAUCCGGGGCAAGAAUAAACUCUCAUAUGACCGCGGAUCAACAAGCGGAAUCAUUAAAGUUCCAACGACGCCCAAAAUUCCGGGAAUGUAUUCAUCUUGGUGCUUGUCGCGAAGACGAACGUUUGCCAACGAACGCCGAUGUUCCGGCCGAUUUGUUCACAUCGUGUUUAACCACACCCAUCCAUACUAGCAUUCUAUGGUAUUUGAUUAAAAGUGGCAGAAGAAGUCAGUUCCCUCCGAAUUUGCUGGAGGAGAUACCCGGUCAAUUGAAUGAUCGUCGUACAAUAUUGGGUGAAUUAAACUGGAUCUUCACUGCAAUCACGGACACAAUAGCUUGGAAUGCAUUACCGAGGGAUGAUUUCCAACGUCUAUUCCGACAGGACCUUUUACUGGCUUCACUGUUUCGCAGCUUCCUCCUCGCUGAACGAGUAAUGGGUGCAAACGGAUGCAAUGUUGUUUCUUCACCUUCUUUGCCCAGUACAGCUGAUCACCCUUUGUGGGACUCUUGGGAUUACACUUUGGAUCUUACCCUCAAUCACAUUCACAACCUGCUUACUUCUAAAAUCAAUUUUCAAGUGAUUGGAAGAGACUUAUUGUCAAAAAGCUCCGUCUGUUCUUUGAACACCCUCAUUGAUCUAUCGGGUAUUAUUGGCGACGGUCAGGACGUGCAGCAUAACUGGUUCUUCAUUGAGCAACUGAAGGCUUUUGAGGUUUGGCUCGAAUACGGUGUCAACAAGCAGUCAUCUCCAGAACAGUUACCCAUAGUUCUUCAAGUUUUGCUCAGUCAGGCUCAUCGUCAACGAGCACUAGAGUUACUGGCUCGAUUUUUGGAUCUUGGUCAGUGGGCCGUUGGUUAUUCUCUCUCUGUCGGGAUUUUCCCCUAUGUGCUGAAAUUGUUACAAAGCACCUCCAGGGAGCUGAGAUCUUGGCUUGCUUUCAUUUGGGCAAAGAUCUUAGCUGUUGAUCCGAGUGUUCAGUCGGAGCUCUUCAAAGAAAACGGUGAUGAACCAGCUCGCUUGGACACCGCUGCUCGUUCAAAACCUGUUCAGCUAAGGUACCACUUUUUUGUAACUAUACUAAAUGAUCCUGACACUUUGCCACGGCAGAAGAUCGUCGUAGCUUUUGUACUUGCCACUUUGUUUCAUAACAACUACAGAAUAGCUCAAGAGAACUUGACAAAGAAAGGAUAUGUAAAUCUAUGCACAGAACUUCUAAGUGAGAAUCAAGCAAAAGACUGUCGCCUCCUCAAGCUUUGGAUACUUAUUGGCCUAGGUCGUCUUUGGGCUGAUUAUGAUCCUGCCAGAUGGCAAGCGGUGCGACUGGUGGCUUAUGCAAAGGUGCUAAAAGAACUCGAUGAUAAUGCUCCCGAAGUUCGGGCAGCAGCCGUCUACGCUUUAGGUUGUCUAGUCAAAAAUCGCUCGGAAACCAAUGAGCAUGCUUCAACAAUCGAUCAAGAAAUUUGUGAUGAUCUAUGUAAUAAAUGUACUAGAGAUGGUUCUGUUCUAGUUCGGGAAGAGCUCUUGAUAGCUUUACAAUGGUAUAUCAUCGACUUCGAACAACGAUUUGCAAAGCUUUUGUGGGACUUAACUGAGACGUUGGGGAUUGAGCUGGUCUCAGAUGUUCCUGAAGAUCAGUUCGAACACAACGUGAUCGAUGUUGCAGCUACUUUAAGGAAUAGCGACUUAACCGGACGAUCACCGUUACAAACGUCAGCUGUAAGAAAAUCGUCGAUGUAUAAAGGAGUACAAAGGACUUCUGACUCCGUAAUGGGAAUUGAAGAGGUCGUAACUAUGAUGGAUCCAAUGGAUAGAAGUUCAUUGUCCACUUCAAUUAGUCAAGUGUUGCCUGUUGUGUCUACGUAUUCUGGGCCAUCCGAAAGUGAUGUUUCAUUCAGAGAACGCGCUCACAGACAGUUGUGUUUUUUGGAGAGCAAGAAUUUCAAGGAGCCAUUGGAAAGAACAUGGGUAGCGCUGUUGCGUCUGGCGUUGGAUCCUGUGGAAAAGGUCGCUCGAAUGGCCCAAAAAUUGGUGCAUAGAGUGGAAAUGGUGGCAGUGGAACUUCAAAACAGUGCUAGUGCUCUCAAUGAGAAGGUCGAAAGUGUUUCUAGUUUGGCUAAUAUUGCUAAGAUCGACCAAUCACGCACACCUUCGGAGCAUUUUUGUGCAACAAGUGAUGUAGAGAGUUCAUUAAAGGCUGAGAAAGGCGAUGACUCGGAACGAGGUGGUGUACGAUUUAUGAUUGGAAGCCCUAUAACAGCUGGUACAUUGCUCUCUCCUGAAGCAAAUAUGCUUGUACAUAAUACGGCUCAUUCUCCUGCUGAUCACGACUUCACCCAACACUUGAAUAACCAUCUCAACGAUUCGUCUUCUACUUCGAAACCCCUCACUUCCAACCAAUACCGCGCUUUGAUGCCAAACCAUCAGCGUAAACUUUCGAUGCCGUCGCAUUUCCCUGCAACUCCAAGAGGCUCCGAAUCACGAAGUUCUCAACUUGCUGAGCUAUUGAAACAAUCCUUCACGCCAAAGAGGGGAACGACAGCGCGUGGCGAAUUUUCAAAAGGCAUACCAGCUGGUGGCACAGCAGAGCCUAUGUUGAGCACAGAGUUUGUUCCGUGGUGUAGCAGAAUUUUCGUCCAGCCAAUAUUGGACCUUAUUUAUAGCAAAGAGGAAGUUGAGGACUUUACCGAUCGAGCGCUUACGCUUGUAAACCCUACGGACUGGGCCAUUUUCGUAGAGCAAGGACAGCAGCAGCAAGCACAUAGCGAAUUUGAGGUUUUCAGGACAACUCCUUGCGACUCUCAGCUAAUUGCUGCACGUAUUCCCAGCUCCCCUACUUCUGUCUCUCUUUCAAUGCUUCGCAAGUGUAUUUAUUCUACAGAUGGUGAUCAUAUUUAUAUUACUCGUUAUGAGAAGACGCACAAUAAUCUUGCAAGAAAGUUCUCUUGUACCGGAGGCAAUCCCUUCAACUCGGAUGAAACAUCGUCAGUAAUUGUCAUAAAUGAACUUUCCCGUGAAAUGCUGCUUUGUGGAUCAUCUUCUGGCAUUGUUAGAAUAUGGGAUCCCUCUUUCAAUAUUCAUUCUCAUGAAAUAGAGGGUCUUCCUCAGCUUGUCACCGCUUCCAACCCACUCUGUGAUCAGUCCAGAUUAGCAAUACCCAAUCAAGGAGGACAAUUAACCUUAUACGACUGGAGUCAAGAAACGGGGCGCUUAAUUUGUGGAGGAAACGUCCGUGUAAUUCGAGUAUGGGAUGCUCACUAUGAAAAAACUGCUCAAGACAUCUCCAUAACUGUAAAGAAGGGUGCGCUCUGUGCUCUCUCUGGUGAACUCGAUCGUGACGAUCUCAUUGCUGCCGGUUACCGCGACGGUAUGGUCCAUGUACAUGAUAUUCGUGUGCCUGGAAAGGACUCACUAGUGAUGUCCUUCAGCGAUUUAUCUGGCCGUGUUGUUGGAGUUGCUAUUCGCAUUGAUUCUAAUGGAAAUGCGAUCGUGGCAGCUGGUGAUGAAAAUGGUGGAGUUUGUGUUUGGGAACCACGAAUGGUAAAGGGGCCAGUAGUGGAAUUGGAAGUUGAAAGAGACACUUAUGAUUUGCCAAGAAGUUUUGUUGUGCACUCCAAUGCUGAGAUGUUUGGUUGUGUACUCAGAUCGGAAGUAAAAUUGUUUGACAUUCACGGCUUGCCCAUAUCAGUCAUUCGGCAAAACGAGUCUGACCGUGGAAGACCACUUCAAAACAUAUCAGCAGUUGCUAUGCACAAAUUAAGGUGUAUGACUGUCGUAGCCUCAUCCGAUGGUGUUAUAAAUGUUUACGGGCAGCCUAAAACUAGUCUCUAG